AUGGCAAAAAGUCCGAGAGUUACGUUAGUACUCUACGCUGCUGGGUGCAAUUCGACUAGUGACAGUUCCUCCCUAAAGCCUCACCUGUCAGGAAACCUCAUUCAUGACUUGUGGUUUGGAAUACAGCUGAAUCCUCAAUUUAUUGGGAUAGACCUCAAGUUUUUCUUUGUACGAGCAGGUAUGAUGGGAUGGCUUCUUAUCAAUUUGUCAGUUCUAGCUAGAAGUGUCCAAGAUGGCAACUUGAGCCUAUCAAUGAUCCUUUAUCAAUUAUUCUGUGUGUUAUAUAUCCUGGACUACUUUGUGUACGAGGAGUAUAUGACUUCCACGUAA